AUGGAGGAUAGUCCACUUUCGAUCACCGCCAAUGUCACCGGUAUCCUUACCUUCGCCGUUGCCAUCUUGGCAUCCAUAUAUGUCCGCAUCGUAUCUUUACGCAGUGGAAACCUCGAACUGGUGAUUACUCUAAAAUCUGUUCAGGACAAUGUCCACGACUUGAUGAGGAUGAACCGUCAAAAUCCAUCGGAACUCCGGAAAAGCCACGCCAUGCAGCGAGACGAUGGGCCCAACAUUCGUCGAUUGAAGCAUCUGGAUUUGGAUUUGAUCGCGACCGAACUAGUCAUCUACAUUUACUGUAUGCACGCUAAGGCUUUCGACGACAGUGAUCAGUUAGUAGACAGCGUGCAAAGUGUGUUGUCCACUUUGAUGGAUGCUGUCGAUACAAGCCGCUAUAUGGCGUUGAAUAAUGCACUGGCAGAGAUUUCAGGUAUUCCAGUGCAGGAAUCUUCUAUGGGUAACAUAUUCCUGCUUAUACUCAGGUUUCUCCCCAGCCACUGGAAAUACACGGAAACACUCCUAUAUGCGUCGCAAAGGAUAUUGACGGCCGGUUCAUCUCCAACUUUGAUACGCUGGUAUCGUGUGCGAGAGACGGUUUCAGAGAAGGUCUCAAUGGCGAACUCAUCGGCUGAGAAGAGUGAAAAGGUACUACAGCAGCUCUCACAGCAACAGAAUGAAGUCAAGAACAAGUUGGAAGAGCUCACUCGACUGUUGACGACAGCGAGCCAGGCGUCAGCGCCACCAGCGAGCGUCAGAGACAGUGGUAGUCCAGCAGAGACGCAUGCACAGGCGUCGCCUGGCCAGCAAGAAGACAUUGAGCGACAUGUAGACGCCGAGGGUUCAGAGCUUGAGACAACCGAUUGUUGCGAAUAG